AUGGCCCACAAUUUACGGUCGAAAGACAAAUGCAUGAAAGAGUGUGAUGAGGAGAUAACGUUGGAUCCCGUGCAGGCAACUCAAAUUCGGAUUAUGAUGGAAGCAGCAGAAAAGGAGGAACGACACAGAGAACAAGCAGCGGAAAGAGCUGAAAGACGAACAGAGGAAGCAGCAGCUGAAGAAGUAAGAUUGAAAUUAAGGUUGAUGGAGGAAGAUAUGAGGGAACGUAGAGAAGCUGACAUACAGUUGAGGAGUCAGAAUAAUAAUGCUCAGCAAGGAGACCAUACUGCUAGUAUAAUCCGUAGAAUCAGUCCAAUGUUAGGAAUGUGUCCUAUGAAUCCCCGUGAAAUUGCAGCAUAUUUUCAGAGGAUCGAAGGAAUAUUUGACAGCCAUCGAGUUAGUGAGGAAUUGCGAGCAGAUCUGUUACUGGUUAAUUUGGAAACAAAGAUGAAGACAGUACUAAAUGAGAUUAAAACUGAUGAUUAUCUAAAUUAUGAAGUAAUCAAACAACAGAUCAUACGUUAUUGUCGUUUUUGUCCGAUAAAACUCCGCGAUGAAUUCUUUUUGGCUCGGAAGGCACAUGAUGAGACAUAUCCUGCAUUUGCAUCGAGACUACAUCGAAAUCUCCGAUUCUAUUUACAAAGUCGGAAGGUUGAAACGUUGGAUCAAGCACUUUCAUUGCUAGUCGUGGACCGAAUGAAGGAAUUGUUGCCAAAAAACUUGUUGGAACAUGUAUUAGCUCAGGAAGGUGAGGAAUGGUUAACCCACGAACGUCUGGCCAAUGUUGUGGAGAUAUAUGAGGCCAACAUGAACAUGAGACUGUCUAGUAAUGUAGCCUCAGGAUAUAAACCUAUCCAAAAGGCUGUACGUCCCGGAACAGAUCCCAAAUGGCUCAAAAAAGAGGUUGUAAAAAGGAUCAAUAUCAAAGAAGCUCAUGAAAUGCCAGGUCACUGCUAUGUCUCAGGCCACAAAGGAGUUGAAGAAACCAGAGGGGAACGUUUGAGGAUCAAGGGAUGGAAUAGACCAACGACAGAAGUAGAUGGUGCAUGGGUAAUGAUGGCCUAUAACCCUGAUGAAGGCGAAAGUAUUGCCCCCGCUGUACGAGUAUGGUGUGCAGUGGUACCUAAUGCUAGCAAACAGUUAAUUAUUACACCCAAGGUGGUGGAAUUGUUGAAGAUGGCAGAACAGUAUGAGGUACCUGCCGUGAAACUCGAGAUGACCAGGAAUAUCACACCAAUCAAGUUGGGGAAUGAGAGCACCUUGACGUUCUACAACACUGAUAGCCUCCAGAUACCAUGUCAGGAGAGGUGUGGACGAUCUGAUAGGCGUGAUGGUGUUGAUGCAGCCAAACGUCGUGUCAGUGAAAAUGAUGAUAAAUGUAAUGAUGAAAGCAUUGUUAGAUCACAUGAGGUUAACAAAGCUGGUACCCAUACAGUUCACAACAAUAAUAGUAAUAACAAUAAAAGUAAUGUUGGACGAUAUGAAGUAGCUCACAACAGCAGCAACAGCAACACUACUGGUAAAUUGAUAUCUAACACUAGUAGUAGUGAAAGUACUUCCCACAAUGACAGCGACAGCAAUAGCAGCGACAACAAUAUUGGCAGUAAAGGUACUCACAACAAUAAUGGUGAUAAUACUAAGAUCAAUGUUAGAUUGGAAGUAGCUUACAAUAACUACGAUAUUAAUAAUGGUAAAAUAGAUGGCAGCAGUAUUUUAGAUAAGGUUGGGAAUGAACUAGUUAAUGAAAAUAAUAAUUGUAAAAUAGAUGGCAGUGGUAUUGUAGAUAUAGUUGAUGAUCAUGAGGUUGAUGAGGAGAAAGAUGAUGAAGUCAGUGGAAUUAAUAAUUGUAAUUUGGAUGCCAGUAGUGUUGAUGGUAAUGAGGAUCACGACGUUGAUAGUGAGGAGGAUGAGAAGAUGGAACGUAAUGUUGGUAAUGUUGAUCAGGCAGAUGAUGCUGGUAACGUUGGUCAGUCGAAUGAAGCAGAUAAGGUAGAUGGUGUUGGAGAUGUGGUUCGGUCAGGGGAAGCAAGGGUUGGUAGCGAUGGUGGUCGAUUAGUCGAUGACGAAGAGGCGGAUGUUCAUGAUAAUGAUGGUGGUCAGGAAUAUGCAACGAUGAAGAAUAAUAAAUGUAAUGUUAGAGAUGAAGAUGAUGAAGAGAGUGUAGAAGGUGUACGCUGGGAAAGGAAAAAUUCCUUCAGGAACAACGUAAAUGUCAGACGCUCAAAAAAUGUUGGGAGUGGGCGAAGAUGA